UGCGUCUCCCUGCUCUGCCCCGAGACAGGGGAGCCUCACCUCUUCCUCACCCAUCUGUCACUCGUUGAGUGGUGGUUCAAGCCGCGGGUUUUUCGGUGACAGGAAAGCGCCGUUAAAGUGCAAGGAAGCUGAGGCUGGGAAAGGUCACCUAACUUGGCAAAGAUCUCACAGCUAGAAAGGGGUGAAGCCAGGAUUCAGAACAGCAUAAUUGCAGACUCGUCCUCAUUUUCAGCAAUCUGAACUCAGUACCUUUAAAUAACACUAAGGAUGACUGUGCUUCAUCAGGAGUCUGUCUUAAAUAUGAUUAAAGAGUUCAGAAGGAAUUGGCACACUCUUUGUGACUCUGAGAGAACUACUGUAUGUGGGGCAGACUCCAUGCUCUUGGCAUUGCAGCUUUCCAUCGCAGAGAACAACAAACAGCACAGUGGAGAAUUCACGGUCUCUCUCAGCGAUGUCUUAUUGAGCUGGAAACACUUACUACAUGAGAAAUUGAACUUACCCAUUGAAAAGAUGGAAACAAUUGACCAUUAUGAGGACAUUAGGAGGACUUACGAUAAUUUCUUAAAGAAUAGUAAUAUGUUAGAUCUGAUCGAUGUUUAUAAAAAAUGUAGUGUUUUGACUUCUAAUUGUGAAAAUAAUGCCAACAUAUCCCCCAGUCAACUACGGGAUUUUCUGUCUGGCAGACAGUCUGCAGUAGAUGAUGAAACUGAUCCUUGUGUACCAACGUCACCAAUGAGUAAACACACCCAGGGUAAUGAAAAGGUGAAGUUACUAGCAAAGAAAAUUUUCUACUCAUAUUUAAACCUGCUAGUGAAUUCAAAGAAUGACCUGGCUCUGGCUCAUAUUCUCAAUAUUCCUGAUCGAGGACUUGGAAGAGAAGCCUUCACUGAUCUGAAACAUGCUGCUCGAGAGAAACAGAUGUCUAUCUUUCUGGUGGCCACAUCGUUUAUUAGGACAAUGGAGCUUGGAGGGAAAGGAUACGCACCAUCGCCGUCUGAUCCUUUAAGGACACACAUGAAAGGAUUGUCUAAUUUUAUUAAUUUCAUUGACAAAUUAGAUGAGAUCCUUGGAGAAAUAUCGAAUCCAAGCCUUGCAGGGGGUCGGAUACUCUCAGUGAUAAAGAUGCAACUGAUUAAAGGCCAGAACAGCAGGGAUCCUUUUUAUAAAGCAGUAGAGGAAGUUGCUCAGGAUUUGGAUUUGAGGAUUAAAAAUAUUAUCAGUUCUCAGAAAGGAGACAUAGCUGUUAGCACCACUGACAUCAGUCCUGCACGGCCAAAGUCUUAUGCCAUAAACCAUGGCACUGCAUACUGUGGCAGAGAUACCGUGAAACUGUUACUGGUUCUUUUGGAUGAAGAGGCAGCCAAUGCUCCUACCAGAAACAAAGCAGAGCUUUUAUAUGACGAUGAAAACACUAUUCAUCACAAUGGAACUUCUAUUCUUACGCUUUUCAGCUCUCCAAUACAGGUGAACAAUUCAUUGGUGAAACCACUGAGAGAACGCAUCCAUAAGUCAAUGGAAGAGAAAAAAAUUAAGAUGAAGCAAACCUUAAUUAGAUCCCAGUUUUCUUGUACUUAUAAAGAUGACUGCCUGAUCAGCAGGAAUACAUGGAAUAAUGUUAAUUCAGCAUCAAAGCCAUUGUAUGUUCUUCACAUGGAAAAUGACCUUUCUGAAGGUGUAAAUUCAUCUGUUGGAAGACCAACAAUUGGAACAAGUUCUGGAAAUGUUCAUCUGGACAGAAGUAAAAAUGAAAAAGUAGAAAGAAAAUCAAGUAGUCAGACAGGAAAUAAAAGCUCAAAAAGGAAACAGGUGGAUCUGGAUGAUGAAAACACUCUCUGUGAUAAUGGAAAUGAGCCACUCCGACAUAAAAAUGUUAAGAUGCCUAAGACAUCAAAUGAUUUGCAGAAUAAAUUGGAUGGUAAACUAGCCGGAGUAACAAAAAGCAACAAGUGUACUGCCAAGGACAAAUUGAUUACUGGCCAGACAAAGUUAACUCAGUUUUUUAGACUAUGAAUUCAUCUUUUAUGUGCUUUAGGUUUAUGUACGUACAAAACCAUUCACCAGAGGCAUUUACUUAGUUUUUAAUAGAUCAAGGUGUAAAUUAUGAUGCUUUAUUAUUUUGGUCUGGAGUGUAUGUAAGGUUAGUAUGUUAAGCAUUGUUUAAGAAAUACUACUAAGUCAUAAUUUUGCAGAAUAUUCACAAGAGUUUAAUGCACAAAUAAAGCAUAUCAUUUAGGUUGCUGAUAGCUACUUUCUUUUAAAACAGACAUUUAAAAUAAUAUAAGUCACAGUAACAUUAAGGGCUUUUCCCCCCACAGGCAAUUAAAUGAUUUUGUUGUCUUCUGAAACGAUGCUGUGGACCAACAGGUAUCAGACUUGCCAACACGGCCGAUAGACUCUUCCCAGCAUACACCUGAGCACUGAAGGAAACAGAAAAAAGUUAAAUCAUUUAAAGGACUAUUACUAUCACACAGAAUUUAUUAGACAUGAAAACAAUGGAUCUAGUAUAACUGAUUCCGAGUAAAUCAAAAUUAUAAUAGCUAAUUAAAUGCUUUUAAAUUCCACAUAUUUGGCAGGGGUCACUUAAUAGCAAGUACUAUUGAACCAUGGUCUUAUUUAAUCUUAUUGUGAUUGGAUCCAAAUUCAGUUAAACUCAGAGUUUCAUUUCAUGGCACUAAAAUAUAAGAAUUGAACCUUAGAGGACUACUCACUGUCAAAAUCUCUCCUUCCUAUAGGAAAUUUAGCUGAGUUUUCUUCAUCCCCAAUUUCUCUCUUUUCUUGUGUUGAUUCAAUAUUCUGAACUCCAUUCUCAGCUGGAAAAGCUACAGAUCCUUUUAGCGCAAGAAAAGGUUUUAUAGCCAGAUUCAGUGGCAGACCAUGAUUCAAGAAAGUGUGUUUGGAGCCUGCAUUCUGUAAAGAAAAGGUUGGUAGGUGUUUUAGCUGUCUUAUUGGGAAUGGUAAUAUAAUACAACUGCAUAAUACUCUUACUGAUUAAUUCAAAGAUGUACUAUUUUGACUUUUUAAAAAUAUCUUAGAUACAAGGUUUUUUGGAAAAAAACUUUUGGAUAAGGGUUGUCCAGGAUGAAAGGACAACCUGGUAUAUAUGAAAUUCCAUCAGUUGUCCUACUGCAUAUUGUGACUAUUUGCAUAUACUUCUGUUUAUAAAACAAAAGUAUCGACUUCACUUUCAAAGCACUCAAAUAGCCAUCAAAAUAAAGGACAAGUCAUAUUGCCACUUACCUUUGAAUUCUUGUUUUCCUCGUCACUCAUGAAACCGCUUUCAUCAUUUUUAUAUUGUUCCAGGGAAGGAGCAACGGCUGAUUUUUCUGCAGUAUCUUCCUUUUGAAAGGCUUUCCCCAGCCUGAAUGUGUUAAAUACCAUGUCAUCUUCUAAAUUUCUUAUGGGCUUGGAUGCUGAAAGUAAAAUGCCUUGAGAAAGCAAAGAAAAAGUUAGUAUUAAUAUGUAGGAGGAGAGACUCAUUUUUGCCAUUCUUAGUGAGCCGUUUGCAUGGAGUCAAACAAGGAUUUGUAAAAUGGAGAAACUCUCCACCUGCUUCGUAAAUGGUUCCUACCUUUAUAUAUCUUCCAGCUUGAAUAGAAAGCACUUCAAAGACCCACUUUCAUCACUUUGAAAUGAUUCAUCGGGUAGAGCUAACCUUUUGUAUAGCUGCUAAUACCUACAUUGUUUGGGUUUUAGUGGCAUGUUGUUUAUUUUGAGUGUUAAUUUUCUUGGAAUCUGAUUAAGAUCCUUGGUAGAAUGCUUUCUGUUAAACAGAUUAUAGUCUCUUAAAAAUCGGUGGUUAUUAAGGAAGACCACAGGACAUCAAGCUCUCCAUAUUCUUGUUGUUGCCUCUGUAUAUUUUCUGAUUAAGAUAUUAAAACCAAAGUUAUUUCACUCAC